UCCUGGAUCUCGGCUGGACCAGCCUAGCGCAGCCGGGUCUCAUGGAUUCACAGUCCCGCUGUGUGGUUGUGACCGGUUUUGGGCCCUUCCGGCAGCACCUGGUGAAUUCCAGCUGGGAAGCCCUGAAGGAACUUUCCAAGCUGGGCUUAGGGGUGGACACUGACAUAGAACUUCGAACUCUGCAGCUGCCUGUGGAUUACAGGGAGGUAAAACGGAGGCUCACCACAAUCUGGGAAGAUUUUCAACCACAACUUGCUGUGCAUGUGGGCAUGGACACUUCUGCCAAGGCCAUCUUUCUGGAACAGUGUGGUAAGAACCGAGGCUAUCGGGAUUCAGACGUAAGAGGCUUCCAGCCGGAGGAUGGAGUGUGCCUUCCCGGUGGCCCUGAAGUGAGGCUGUCUGUUGUCAACAUGAAGGAGGUCUGCCGGCGUGUGGCUGUUGAGAAUGUCGAAGUGGCCUUUUCCCGAGAUGCGGGCAGGUACAUCUGCGAUUACACCUACUACCUGUCUCUGCACCUUGGGACUGGGCAUGCGGCUCUCAUCCAUGUCCCUCCUCUGUCGCCCUGGCUCUCGGCCAGCCUUCUGGGCAAAGCCUUGCGAGUCAUCAUCCAAGAAAUGCUGGAAGAAAGCGGGGAAGUCCAGACUCAAAGAACAGCAGCUUAAGGGAAGCAGCAGGGGGAUGCCUUCCUUAGAUGAAAUGGAGUGUUUCAGGCUUGGGCGGAGAAGCCAGCUGUGCUAUGAGAGGCUCUAAAAAAGGGAAACAGUUACAAGGCUGGGGGUGGGGGUGGGGGUGUGGACACACAGAAUCACAGUCUUACUUUAGUGUCUAAAGCAAGAAGAAAAUCCCCAAAGGCGGAUGCUUCAUAAGGGAUUAACUAGGGGAAGCUAUGACCUUUGUGACUACAAAGGGCCACCAAAACCUAGUGUCAAGACCAAAUGAACUGAAUAGCUCUCAAGUGUUCUUUUAAAAAGAUUUUAUUUAUUU